UAAUACACCCAGAAGCAGGAAAAACAUAAUGGGGUAUUGAAGGAGAGAGAGUAGAAAUCAAUUAUAAUUGUUCCCUUUCUUUUUUUCCCUCCAAUCAUUCUCCACUGUGUGUGUUUGUGCGUGUGUCUGUGUUUGGGAUCUUUUUCCAUUUUGUGGGUUUCCUUUCUCCAUCUCUCUCAACCUCCUUCCCCCUCUUUCCCUCUCUCUCUCUCUGACUUUCAUCAUCAUCAUCAUCAUCAUUUUCUCUCUCUCUCUCUCUCUCUCUCUCUCUCUCUUUUUCGUGCACAGCUUUUCCUUUUUAUUUCCUUAAUUUUUUUUUUAAAGAGCUUUGUUUUUUCUCUUUUUAGUAAAUUCCGGCGGGAGUGAAGGAUUAAGGAAGUGAAUGAGUAGAAGUAAACAAUUCCUCAACUUCUACGAAACACUCUUCCCUCUCUCACUAUUGCUUCCUUAAACUCACUUUCUCACCAAGUCUUUUGAAUUUUUUUUUUCCUUCCCUUCUUCUUCUUCUCCUGUUUUUUUCUUUAGUUUAUUGACAAAUUUCCCCCUUUUUCUGGGUUCUUAACACUGGGUUUUGGUCUCUUUAUAUGAAGGUACUCUCUCUCUGGUCUUCUCCUCCUUCUGGUUUUAUUGGUUUGAUUUUGGUAUAUUUUUGUGAUUGAGGUGGGUUUUCAUUUAUUUAUUUUUAUUUAAGGGGUGAUUGGAGUUUGGUUGUUUUUCGGGUUGGGGAUUGACUGUGGGUGAAGAAGCUGACAAAUAUACUUGUGUUUAAGUUUAGUUACGGUUUAAAGUUGCGAUCUGUUGCUUUUAUUUAGUUUAUUUAGGUGUAAAGUUGGUUCCUUUUUUGACCUGGGAUUUUGGGUUCUUCUGCUUAUCGAAUUCAAAUUGGCUGUUAUGUUGGAUUUUACUGCCUUGACUUCAAUUUGCUAGAGUUUUAUGUUCUGAGCUUUGCAUUAGAUGAUCAGCUGCUUAUUAUUAUUACUUUGUUUCCUGCAACUUGCUCGGACUUUAUUUUCAUUUAUCUGAUGCACUAGUUUAUACAGUUGAAUUCCCUGGUUACUUGCUUCCUGUUCAUUUUUGCUUGUCGGUUACUAUUGGGGAGCUUUUUUCAUACCUUCUUCUAGCAGUAUUUUUUCCUAGGAAGUAAUUCGUACCUUUUGAAGUUGAAUGCAAUCUUCCCUACCCUCAAAGAUGUAGUUUGAACUUUGAGGGAGAAGAUUUCUUAAUAGUAUGAUACCAUACUCUUCUCUAGAUGUAAAUUUCAUUUCAGUUGCGCCUUAGCUAGGUGUCUAAAUAUUUUGUGGUAGCUGUUUUUUCUUACCUUCUUCUAGCGGUAAUGAAAUUGCUUUUUCACUAGUAUUAGGUGAGUUUUUCAUUAGUCUUAAAUUUAUAGGCUAUGUAUAUUAUCUCAGCAAAUCAUGGUUAUACUCCUUUUAUAUUCCUUUCAUGGUGAUUCUAUAGAUUUUAUACUGUUGUGAUGCUUGUUAGCGAAUACGUGUGGUACGACUUUCAUUCACAGAAUCUUGCAUCCCUUGUUGGGUUUGUCAAAACCUCAUUGGAGGUUUAGAUUCCCUGUUGAUGUAUACACUUUCUUUUAGAAAAAGAGAAAAUUUACGUGAUUUGAUUUGAUUGAAAGAAAACUUUUGCAAAUGUUAUAUUUUAUUUAUUUUGGAUGACAGUUUAGAUAUGCUUUUGUGUCACUACUUUGUGUAAGCUGGAUUCUUAGGGAAUUCUGUGUCUACUUUUAUGUUGCAGUUUUAUAAGUUAUGCAUCCUGUUUGUUAUUUUUCAAUCAUUGAUGGUAUUCUUAUAAAUCCUGACUAAAUUUUGCUACUUUGUUGUGAUAGCUCAGUCCACAUCCCCAUUGGGCCCCUUCAUCGGUGGUGAUUGUCGGAACGAGAAUGUUCAUGUAUAUGUAGUUUGUCUUUUGCUUAACAAAAUUGUCUAUAGGGUGUGUCUGGGGUUCUUUUGUGUUCUUCAUGUUAUCCUUCAACCACUUGACAAAUUUGCUUUAUGAAAUUGGUAUCUACAGCAUAAGUUUUUGAUAGGAACAAUUUUUAAAGCUGCAAUGAGUGUUGCUGAAUACAAGUGCUUCAAUUGAAAGGCAUUUCUAUGUUUUUGCUGUUUAUUCAUUCAUCUGGUUGUUCUAUUUUUUAAAUAAUACUGCACCUCGGAUUCUUAAGUCAACUUUUCGAAAUAUUUUGUGUUUCUAGGAAUUGCUUGAAUGGAACAAACCUCAAAAAGUUCUGAAUUUAAUGAUUCCGAAGUUCAUCCAAGAAAUCCAUUUGGGAAUAUAUCUGGAAAGGAAAGAAAUGCUUGGAGGAUCCCACUUGGUAGUGGUGCUUAUCAUGCGUCAAGUGAUGCAAGCUUGUUCUCUAGCUCAUUACCUGUCCUUCCUCAUGCAAAAUUAAACUACGGCGAUUCUGAACGAUCAGCUGCUGAUGCGUUGCCCAACUUAAGUAAACUUCUUUUACCAGACAAGGGUAAAGAUGCAUUUGAAAUUGCUGAAGCUAGUCCAGUUGGCAACUUGCUUCCUGGUGAUGAAGAGGAGUUAUUAGCUGGUAUUAUGGAUGACUUUGAUCUUAAUGAGCUGCCUACUCAGCUGGAGGAUUUGGAUGAUGAUUUUUUUGGCAGUGGUGGUGGACUAGAAAUGGAAGCUGAAUCCCAAGAUAAUCUGUUAAAUGGUUUGUCAAAUUUGAGUGUUUCUGAUGGUAUUCCUGGAAGCAGUGCUGGACAUUUUGCUGUUCCAAAUGGUGUGGGUACUGUUGCAGGAGAACACCCUUAUGGAGAACAUCCUUCUAGGACAUUAUUUGUACGGAAUAUCAAUAGCAAUGUAGAGGACGCUGAAUUGAAAUCUCUCUUUGAGCAAUAUGGAGAUAUCAGAACCCUAUAUACUGCUUGUAAGCAUAGGGGGUUUGUGAUGAUAUCUUACUAUGAUAUUCGUGCGGCUAGAACUGCAAUGCGAGCACUACAAAAUAAGCCUCUGAGACGAAGAAGGUUGGAUAUUCAUUUUUCAAUCCCCAAGGAUAAUCCGUCAGAGAAAGAUGUUAAUCAAGGCACACUUGUAGUCUUUAAUUUGGAUGCUUCAGUGUCGAAUGAUGAUCUGCGUCAAAUAUUUGGCGCCUAUGGGGAAAUUAAAGAGAUACGAGAAACCCCUCAUAAACGGCACCAUAAAUUCAUUGAGUUUUAUGACGUCAGGGCUGCAGAGGCAGCACUGAAGGCAUUAAAUAGGAGUGACAUUGCUGGCAAGCGUAUAAAACUUGAGCCUAGCCGGCCUGGUGGAGCCCGUCGGAACUUGAUGCAGCAACUGAGUCAAGAACUGGAACAUGAUGAUGCUCGAUCUUUACGACAUCAAGUUGGUUCACCAAUAGCAAAUUCUCCUCCUGGUUGGCCCAAUUUCGGGAGCCCUGUUGAACCAAGUACAUUGCCUGGUUUCAGUCAAUCACCUGGCAUGGGUUCAAUAAACACCAUGAGCAACAAUCACUUACCUGGAUUGGCCUCCAUUCUUCCCGGUCAGAUGUCAAACCCUGGAAAAAUUGCACCCAUUGGUAAAGACUCUGGAAGGAAUUUAAGUUCUAGUCCUGGGCCUGUCUCAUCUUUCCUUGACUUGAAGUCCAACUCCUCUGGUAUUGGAACUCUUUCUGGUCCGCAGUUUCUUUGGGGAAGUCCAACUGUUCAGGCUGAGCGGGCAAAUUCUUCAUCUUGGUCAAAUUCAUCGCUAGGUCAUCCUUUUGCUGCCAGUAGACAUGGACAAGGGCAUCCAUUUUCCAGUCGACAAGGCUCAUUUCUUGCUACACAUCCUCACGUGGGAUCUGCUCCAUCAGGUAUUCCCUUAGAGAGAAGAUUUGGUUUUCUACCCGAGUCACCAGAAACAUCCUAUAUGAGUCAAGUUGCUUUUGGAAGUACCGGAUUAAGUCCUGGGAGAGGAAACCAUGUAAUGAAUGUUGGGGCUUUGAAUGUUGGUGUUCCUCUUUCUGGAAGCUUCACUGAGGGAGGUUCUCCAAGUUCUAGGAUGAUGUCUUUGUCGCGGAAUGGGCACAUGUUUUUUGGUAAUGGGUCCUAUGGAGGAAUAGGCACAUCGAAUCUUGAUGGAUUAACUGAACGUGGUCGAAACAGGAGAGUUGAGAGUGCGAAUCAGAUAGACAAUAAGAAACAGUAUAUGCUUGAUUUGGAGAAAAUUAUCAGUGGGGAAGAUACAAGGACCACAUUGAUGAUAAAGAAUAUUCCAAACAAGUACACCUCAAAGAUGCUACUUGUGGCUAUUGAUGAAAGUCAUAAGGGUACUUAUGAUUUUCUUUACUUGCCUAUAGAUUUCAAGAACAAGUGCAAUGUUGGCUACGCCUUCAUCAAUAUGGUGUCUCCGUCUCAUAUCGUCUCCUUCUACGAGGUUCUUGUUUCUUGCUUUCUAUAUAUUUUGAGUUGUUUUCUAGUAUUUCACUCUCUGCUUCUCUUGGGAGUUUCUUAUAUUAUUUGUUGUAUCUGAUUAGUCAAAGCUGUUACAGAGUUAAUUAUUUGUGUCCUUUCUUUAUUAUUCUAUUUAAGGUAAAGCUUGAGUUUGGUACAUGUAAUCUCAGCAUUGCUUCUGAUAUUUAUAGAUUUAGACAUUACACAUUUGCAGCAGUUGUGAUUGCUAGACUGAAUUCUCAAAAGGAAAGUUUUGGCAGGUUUUCAAUGGCAUGAAGUGGGAGAAGUUCAAUAGUGAAAAAGUAGCUUCCCUAGCGUAUGCACGCAUUCAAGGAAAGACUGCGCUUGUUAAUCACUUCCAGAAUUCAAGCUUGAUGAAUGAAGAUAAAAGAUGCCGGCCAAUUCUCUUCCAGUCUGAGGGUGAGGGCACGGGUGAUCAGGUAUAUAUGUGUUGCAUCUGUGAAGUAUACUGUACACUUGGAAGAUAGACUUAGCUUUUUCUCUGUAUUUUUAUGUUAAAUUGCUUAAUGAUGUCCUGUGUGUUGAAGUCUUCUCUUUUUUGUUUGUUUUUGCUUAUUUUAGUUCCUACCUUUUGUACUUUUGAGACCUUCCAAGUUUGAGAAGUUAUUUGGAGAAUAAUGUUGUAUAUUCUUUCGCCCUUUUUGGUGGUCAUUGGCUUAUGCACUAAAUUUUUAUGGUCCAGAAGAUAGGAACUAAGAAGAAUAUUUUUUAAUUUCAAAGUUUUAUUUCUUGCAAAGAAUCAACUGCAGGAGGAUCACCUGGAUAUUGUAAGUCUGCAUUUAGGACUUACUGGGAAAAGAUCUACUGUGGAUGUACACCCUAUUCAAAUGAAUCUUAAAACUUUCUAGGUACCAGAAUUGUAUGCAAGUGCUCAGCAUAAAGCUAUAUGACUCUUCUUGUUUUAGUAUAGUGGUCGAACUGUUUGAAGUGUCUGUAGAGAUAGCAUCUUUUAUUAUGCAAAUGUAUGGAGGAUCUCUAAUUUAAUUUCUUGAUGGACUUGUUUUCCCCAUUGUUUUUGUAUUGAGGUUUACCUGAGACAAGAUCAGUGUCGCAACAGGUUUACCUGAUCUAACUAUGUUGAGACUUAUUUGUUUGGGUACAGGAGUUUCUGCCUUCCAGCAACCUGAAUAUCUGUAUCCGGCAGCCUGAUGGGUCUUAUACAGGGGAUUCUCUGGACAGUCCAAAAGGCAGUGUGGAUGAAAAGCUGGAUAAGAGUUGAACAUGUUGGGGAAGUUGCUAACUUAUAUUAGAAGCGGCUGUGUAAUAGCUGAGAGUGGAUUAAUUGUUGUGGCAGUGAUUAAUAACUUCUUGAAAAAUAUUCAAGUACAUAAGGUAAAUAUUGAAGUCUGAUGUCGGAUGUUGAUUACCCAUAUUCAUGCAUCUACUUUUUGGGUGAUGGAUAGUCCAUAGCACACGAGAGAAACUGUCGAAACGUGGAAUAUGGAGCAUUUAUUCAUAGUUAGAGUAACCAGCUGAAAUUCAUCUUGGGGGGAGGGAAGAAUAAGGUGAAGCAUUCUGCUUGUGCUCGAAGCGUCACCUGGUGUAUGCUUUUGCCACCAAUAUGUGCAUUAUGUGUUCUUCGUUUUCCUUUUGUCUGUUUUUGUGGUCGAUUUCUUGCAGUGGCUUUUGACUCGCUGAAUGUAUACAUGUGCAUAGAGGUGGGAGGGACUGGGAAUAUGGAGGUUGCAGUCUUGUUUCAAAAGUGUAUAGAUGGGAGAAAACAAGAACUGCACCUUGCAUGAUUUCUGUAUUAGAUUUAUGGACUACGUGAAACUUUGUAAUCUACAAGUUUCAAUGUAUAGUUUUUAACUUUAUUAAUGUUGCGCUUCUUUUGUGAUUUUAAAGUGACCGGUAACUUUGAAUUCUGGAUUGGCUAAUGCUGCUGGCUCAUAUCUGGAAUACUUCUGAAAUCUUUGUUUUUUUAGUGGGACGGUAGAAGCUGUUUCAGUUUGUAACUGUUACUGCUUUUCCAAUUCAGGACCUGUAUUGGAAAUGUACUAAGAUAUCCCCUUAGAAGGUGAUUCUUUCACUGAAUUUGUAUUGCUUUUUACCAAGUACAAUGAAUGCAUUGGCCAAAAGUUCUCGACUCUUUGAGAGCUCCAAAUACUAAGAUAGUACUCCUUUGUCUCAAAACAGUCCUCUUGUUUGGGUAGAGGAAGUAUAAGGUCCAGUGAUAGCAAUGUGGUGAAUCUGGUGAUGUUAGCCUAACGAUGACUUCAUAAAACAAAAUUUCUGACCAAAUAACACAUUGCUUAUGAAUGUGAUGAGAAG